UGUGAUUUAGAGAUGUAUUUAACUCCUGCUACCCUCUAUGGCCUCAGGUUAUCAUUUCAACAGGGUGCCGUUACGUCUAUGCUCCGCAAGAAUAUAGUCGACCGAAACAUAAUGACAUCAGCCUUUGUCCUUGCAACCGUUGGUCUCUCAAUGAGCAUAUUUUCUGUGAAGAAGAUGUUGACUUCUAAACAUCGGGUUCAUUUGUAACAAUUUUCAACGAGAUCAUUAGCAACAGAUCAACACUGAAGAACAAAGAAGAAACAGACGAGAAGACUGUCUCAUCAAUAUGAUUUCACAUAUUCGAACUAUGUAUGCGAUAUCUUUGCGACGAAAAUUCAUGACCGUAUCUAGGAUAGUCACCUAACAUUAGGAAUCUUGUAUAAUUAAUUCAUUGGCAAGGCAAAGUGUUUUCAAUCAAUAAUCGUUAUAUCAAUCUGGUCUAAAUAAGUCAUAGGAUGUUACUUCUAAUACCCUGAUCUUCGAAGAAGGUGUAAUCGCGAAUGACGUAGUUUCGUUUGGAUGAUAGGUAUUGGUAAUUGAGAAGAUAUGUGUCGUGGAAACGAGUAAAAUUCAAUUACGUCUCGUAAGGGAAGAAAUUUUUCUCAGAAAGUAUCUCCAAGCGAAAGAAGAUUUUGUUUAAGUAUUCGUAGAGGAAAGGUGGUUGCGUUCUAGCGAUUUUAGAAAAUUAUUAACUCGUAAGAACGCAUUUUGACAAUGUUAACUUUUGAAGAACAAGAUCAACCAGUCAUUAAGGUUUUACUGUGAUCGUUGUUAUUAAAUUGAAUCACGAACAUUGAUGGCUAAGUUAUGUAAGCACAACAUUGUAUAUUUAUAUAGAUGUAUUGUCAUAGUCGAUCAUACAAAUUUUCUGCCACCACAAGAUCGUUAACGAGCUCUUUUUUUUUAAAAUUAUCUUUACUUUUCCUUACUCUUUGAUCCUACCAAUUUUGUGUUUUUAUAAUUAGAUUCCAUCGAAAAAUGGAUUUCUUUUUCGGUAGCUUUUUUGAUAUCGUUGGGUAUAUAGUUCUUCCUUAACUGAAGCAAUGAACAGCGACAUAAUCAUUUACCAUUAGACUUAACGUGUACAUUUAUUUAUAACUAUUAUACAGUCUCACACUCGAUAUUUCUUGUCGCAACGUCUCGUCUAAUAUAUUCUUCCACAUUCGUUCUUUCACAAAACCUCUCGACGCUUAGUCUGGCAAAUUUUCUUUUUUAUUAAAACGAUCUGAUCCACACCACAGGGAAACAUCGACGAGAUGAACCGUUAUCGAAUAUCAUCAUACGUAAAAGAAUGUUCCUUAGUGUGUAAAAAAAUAUCGGAUUUCUAAACGUUUAUUCUUUUGCUUCUUUUUAGUCGAUCCUUCCCUUUGUGUGCAUGCAGUACUCGCACAGAAAAUAUACAAAUAUAAAGGGUAGUUAUAGAAUUAACAAUUUCACGAUCGUCGGACCGCUCGAUCCUUCGAUAGGUCAAGAGAACUUAAAACGUAACGUAGAAUAAAACUGAGGAGAGAAACGUUAACGACGAUUAUUUAACAGUUUGGUAACGGUUUAGCGAAUUGUCCAGAUAACUGUAACAAUCUUUUAUUUUUUUUUUUUAUUUUUGUGUAUAGCAGCAACUCCUACCACGACUAAUCGACUCGAAUAUUCGUGUUGUACUUAAAAGAAACUUUGGCAAUCGCUACGCUUAACAUACUUUGGCAAAUUAAAUGCAUCUCUCAAUGGGUCUAUCUGUCUCUUCUCUUCGCCGAUUGUAAAAAAUGGACAAAUUGUGUUUUAUUUUUUGAUCUUACGCUAACGCGAAACGAACGAAUAGGAGAGGAGAGCCGAGGAUAACGAAGAAAACCGGCAAGGCAAGUUUCUUCGUAUUCCUCCUCUGUUGUUCGUAUUUUCCUUACAUUUAAUACGCUAGUGGCAGUCUGGCAGGGAGGCAAGUGAUUGUCAAAUCGUUCGACAAUCAAACGGUACACGAUUUCACGUGCGUUUCGUUCGGUAAUUAUUAUUAUUUUAUCUUGUGCGAGACAGGACCAACACACACGAAUCCAAGGAAGAAGCGUAUCUCAUUAACACGAAAAAAGAAAAUUGACUUUUUCACAUUUAUGUAUUCGUUUCUUCAAUUAUAUUCGAGCUGCCCGACGAUAUCGCGUUUCGCUUUUACGAGAUACGUAGAAGAUUUCACUGUUUUCACGAUGUAAAACAUCUUUUCUUUAGACGACCUGUAUAAUUAUUGCGAAUGCAACGUCGAAAUACAUGUUUGUUCGUAAAAUGAAGAAAAAGAAAAGAUGUUCUCGUGAAAGAUAAACGCGUUCCUAGGCUACGCAAUUAUAACACUACGCGAGAAUCAAUAUAGGUAUUGAGUUUACUCUGAA